GCCAAUCUCAAAAUUCUCAGAAUUCAAUGCUUUAACUGUGAAAGUUGACUUCAAUGGGGUUUCCGGUGAUUUACACCGAUGUUUUUGUCCCCAGCGUCGUCGUUCAAGCUCUUUCCAUACUGUGCUAUCUGAGAACCAUAUUUUUCUCCGUCUUCGCCUCUCUAGGGCUCACGGAGGCGGAAUCUCCUGAACCGGAGGUAUAUUUUCAUGAGAGUUCAGCUGGAAUUGGAAACCAGUCCGCGGCUUCAAUGUUGAUCCGGGAGCUUCUGGCGGUGGCGAAGUUCUCGGAGGUCGGCGGCGGAGAAGAAAGCUGCGCGGUGUGUUUGUGCGAGUACGAGAGCGGGGAUGAGAUCAGGCGGUUGAGGAACUGCAGUCACAUUUUCCACCGGAGAUGCCUGGACCGUUGGAUUGAUAACGGACGGAACACGUGUCCUCUAUGCAGGGCGUCGCUUGUGCCACGUGAGUUGCAGGAGGAGUUCGAGAAGCGGCUCCGGGCUGUUUCCGUCAUCAGUCGUGAUCUCAGUACUCAAUUUAACUCAGUACUACCGUAUCCUGUCUCCUCCUCAUAGUGCUCCUUUUUCUUUUUUCUUUUUUGCCUAUUUAUUAUUGUAUUUUUCAAGAAAGAUGCCGAACUGACGAAUGAGGUUACGGACUCAAUCAUGUGUCUAGCAUAGGGGCGAUUGUGAAACAAUUAUAGGGGCAGCAGUGAAAUUAAAAUAAUAAAUAAAUAAAUAAUAUACAUAAUUAUACACUAAUACUAUCAGUACUAUAAAAAAUCCUUAUCCUUGUUAAA